GCAGAACCGGAGCCGGUGCAGGCUCAGCAGAGCAAGACGGGGAAGUACGUCCCCCCGAGCCUGCGUGACGGAGCCAGCCGCCGCGGGGAGUCCAUGCAGCCCAACCGCAGGGCCGACGACAACGCCACCAUCCGUGUCACCAACCUGUCCGAGGACACGCGUGAGACCGAUCUCCAGGAGCUUUUCCGCCCCUUCGGCUCCAUCUCCAGGAUUUAUUUAGCCAAGGACAAGACCACUGGCCAAUCCAAGGGUUUCGCCUUCAUCAGCUUCCACCGCCGCGAGGACGCUGCCCGGGCUAUCGCCGGCGUCUCCGGAUUCGGCUACGACCAUCUCAUCCUCAACGUGGAAUGGGCCAAGUAA